CUGAUCCAACUUUCUAAUGGAUAAUAAUAGUAUAUCCUCAGUUAUUAUGUGGUGAACAAAAUAUAAAUCUGACUCAAAGUCAUCUGCUUCCUAUGAAUACCCGUGGAGAUAUUUCCCUACAAGAAAUACAGGACGUCCAUUGUACUUUUUAGGGGUUAAAAUUGGUGGAUCGCUUCAUUUACCACUUAAGAGUGAAUCAGAGUUGUUGCCAUACUGUUAAGGGGCAUAUUUGAGUAUGUAGCUGAAACUGUUUCUUAGAAAACUUAAUGUUAUUUAUCUGUAUUGAAAAUUGUUAGUGCCAGUUACAUGCAAUUUGUCAUUUUAAAAUGAAUUUUUUGACCUCUAAUGGCUGAAAAUGUUUGUGAGCUAUUCUCACAUGCACGUGAUUUUCAAACUUUGCUAACCAAGCCUUGUUGUAACUAGCCAAACAAAUAUUGAUUUAUAACUGCAAAAAUAUUGUCUUCUAGAAAGUGGAAUGCUUGACAGAGGUAACAAAACAAGAGACAGCAGAACCUAUCCAACAAAGCUCCUCUGCUCAGGAAACAAAAGCAAUGCCACAGCAAGUUGAAGCAGCUCACAAAUGGACAAUACACUCUGCCAAUACCCCAGUAAAUGAUAACAGCUCUGCACGCUACAGCCUCUCAUCGCUUUUGCCAAAGAUUCGAUUUCUUUUGCCACUGUGCAGUCAGCGAUGGCGCUUAGUUCAUGAGUUGUUACACACCACUGAGCUGUCUGCCCCUGAUUACAUGCCCGUAAUAACAGUGGAUCGACGAGUGCCAUUGGUGGAACGCCAUGCUGAAUUGCGUAGCAGUGUUUUCCUUCAGGUUCACCGUGAACUGAAGGGAGAGAAGCUUCAUUUUCGGUUAGUUGUUAAUAUAACAUGAACUCUUUUUGCCCUUUUACAUGAAGCAUUUUACUCCUAGACUACUUUAUGGCGAGAUUGUCACUCCAACUUUUAAAUCUGGAAAUAAUUUUAAGGUGUUCUUCAAGUUUAAAAAAAACACCUUUUUGUCAGAACUUUUGCGUAGUAAUUUUUCGUAGGACUUUCCCUGGCUGUAAGCUGGACACCCUUAUAACCUUUUCUCCUUGUCCACUCUUUGAGAGAGAAUAUUAAUGACAGAGAAGCAGUUCUUCUAUAAUAUAAAUUCCCUUAAAAACUGCACUUGCCCAACAUGCAACAGCUGAACCAGGAAACCACAGGUUAAGGGGUAUGACUUUCUUUGCAUGCUGGUUUAGACAAGGCUUAUAAAGAACAUAGCAGAAUUAUUUCUGAAGCAGCCCACUGCUAGCAGAGGCUUUAGAUUUGAGGACGAGAACGAGGACGAGUCAAGAUUUAACUUAAAGUUUCUGUGCGCGUUCUAAAAGAAAGACACCCUGGAAAGCUUCAAUUUCCGUUUUUUCACCAAAAAAGUUUGUACGGUUAUUUAUACUGAUAGAGGUUAAUUAAGGAGGUUGAUUACUUGUUUCCGCCACUACGUCCUUCUUGCUAAAACUCGUAGUAGGAUGACAACGGCUAUCACGUUUUCCCGCCAAAAUGACGCUGGUUCACGCGUGAACAGUACUUAGUAUUGAGGAAAUCUCGUACUUGUAGUCGUCUUCGUCUCAGAGUCUACAGCUCUCUAUUGCCUGCAGCGCUUGAGACAAAAAAAAAAAAAAAAGGCUUGUUUAUAGUGGAAAUUGCACUUAGCUUGUCCAGCUAAUUUACAGGCACUCUACUCAAAUAUUUAGAAACAAAUAAUUCAAAUACAACAUAACAGGGUUAAAAACCCCAACUGGCAGAAGGCAACCAGUUGGCUAUUUACAAGCGUGGCCGAGAAUUUUGAACUCGGGACGACCGAGCCCAAAUCCAGCAAGUGGCCAGAGCGGGACUCGAACCCGGGACCGCCGGAUUGCGAGUCCGACGCGCUGACCACUUGGCCACCCUGCCUCCUAGACAGAUCUUUUCCUUAUUCCUGCGUGCCCACUGUCCAUUCCUUUGCAGCUGGAACAAGUGCAAGUAUGAUCAGUGGUGGGAAGUGAAAUUUGUUGGCGAGGGUAUUAUUGAUCAGGGAGGGGGAUUCCGGGACUCUCUGGCCGAGUUAGCGGAUGAGCUCUGCCCAUUGGAUGAGAAUGUACCAGAAAUUCUACCAUACCUCAUCAGGACUCCAAAUCAGAAGGUAUUAUCACUCAAGCACCACACAUUAUAGUAAUCCACAGGUUUUGUUCGUUUUUGUAUUCGUUUUUGUUCGUUUUUGUACUUCUGCCAAACCCAUGGCCGAUGGAUGGUUGUGGGAUGGUGCCUGGACAAACUGAGUGAGUCAAAAGCGAACACGCAAGGUAACCAUCACAAUCCUGUGAGUGGCAACCACCAGGCACCGUCACAUUGAGAGCCUCGGUGAGAAUUUGUGGAGAAUUUAGCAGAUACCCGUUCAGAUGGAAUGGGUGAAUGGGAGCUAAACAGCUUAAAAGAUUACUCGCUAAAGGCAUUGUGAGGAAAAUGAUUGACCUCGGCAGCAGCAAUCUAAAAAUUACCAAGGCUCUGCAAAGGCGCAAAAACCACCAUAUAUUUGAUUAGUGAGGGAGACCACUGGCCAGCAUUCUCUUCUCACCUACAUUACAUAAAUUUUUUUAUUGUAUCCUCAUUAAAGCUAAUGUUGUUGUUGCAUUGAAUACAUUACUAAAACUGUUUGUGCCUUUUACUUUCUUCAGGGGAAAGUUGGUGAUUUUCUGGAUUGUUUUAUCCCUAACCCUGGUUGUGAUGAACUUCACAUGUUUCAUUGGCUUGGAGUACUGAUGGGUGGAGCGUUUCGUAGUGAUGAAAGCCUUACUCUUGCCUUUCCACCCUUUGUUUGGAAACUUCUUGUUGGAGAACAUGUCACCUGGGCCAAGGAUUAUGCUGCCAUUGAUGAAGCUGCUGUCCGUAUAACUGGUUAGAAAGACAGCUUUUUAUUUUAAAUUGCUGAGAGCAAAUUAUUUGUUCCAGUAAUUUGUAAUGGAACAUUAUUGUCCUCUUGUGAUUCCUUUUUUUAUGUACUUAAUUUAUACUUUGACAAUAAUACGGUAUUAAUUGUUUUACUAUGUUAAAUAUCAAUUGAUAUUGGUCAAAGGACUUUGUAAGAUUAAACUUGAGUAAACAAAUCAAAACAAAACUUAUCAUUUUUACUGUUCAGAGUUUGAUACUUUAAGCAAAGUACCAAGCUUUUUGAGAAAAAACCACUUUUCAGCAUCAGACAAAAAAAAAUCUGUCUAUUUAAUGUAAAAUCAGGUGAAAAAGUCGGUAAAAGGCGAUUUUUAGGUUUUUUGAUUAAUAACAAUAGAAAUUUGGUUUACAUCACCACUUUCUAGCUACUUUUCCCACUCAAAAUGGAAAACUUGCAGUGGCUUGUUUGAUGGUGCAUUAGUGACAUUCUCGGUAGCAUUUGCCUGGCUCUCAGAUAGUAGGACGUCACAAAAAUAAAACAAGCCGAGCAAAAAUAAGACACGCGUGGUCUUGCGCGUGAUCUGGGAAAGAGGGUGGUGGCGUUGCUAUCUCUUCCCCAGCCCCCACGCGUUUCGCAUCACUCUUUACUGCAGAAUUGCACUAGAAUCUUGGAGUCUGGAACAGGCUACCUUCUCGGGAGAAGUUCUCCUUUGUCAUGCUUGGUUAUACUCCUGAAUGAAAUAAAAAUUUGGAAGAAGCGUUUUUCUAGCGUACAAUCGUGUGGUCUGAGAGGAGCAACAAAUGUAAAUUGUAGAAUUAAUGUGCUUCUUGUAAUUGUCAGUGAGCUGCUGUCUUAUUGGUUAUGAUAUUUUGCAAUGCAGAUGAACUGGAGGCCCUAGAUGAAGAGUUGUAUAAAAGUAACUAUGGUGACGAGUGUACCUUUUCCACGGUGCUAAGUGAUGGCCGUCGUGUUGAGCUACUCCCGGCAGGGGAGGGCAGAGUAGUGAUGCCUGGUGAAAGGAAAGAAUAUGCGUCUCUUGUCAGAAGAGCCCGGAUGACAGAGUUUACUAAGCAGGUAAGAGUGACGACAACACUGCUUGUCGUCUGACGAGUGUGAUUAUAAGGUGGUAUUUUAAUCUUUACAAUAAUUGUGUGAUGCUUGAAUAUUACUACAUUCGGAAUCAUUUUGAGAUUUCUAAUUACAUCAAGGUUUUUUCGUUCCAUGGAUAAAACGCUAUCAUGUUGAACGUUUGUGUGAUUAUUUUGUCUUGCUUGAAAGACGACAACGAUUGGCAAUAGCGGGAACCUCUUUCUCUGUUUCACAUUAUAGUCACUCUUCCUUUCUCUCAACCUUCUACCACACAAUGCUUUCUGGCAGGCCAGAACGUUUACGAAAGACGAAAUGUGGCUACCAAUGUUCUGUUUGGUGAAGAAGACGUUCGAUAAAAUCUACGCGUUAAAGUGGUCUUUUCUACCUAUCGACAAUGCUCUCAAAAAUCGCUUAUUUUCCUUGCAGUUCUGCUCAGACACCUAAAUUCUGCUCGGUUUAGAACUUACAGGCCCUUCGAGUCUUGUGAUUGAAGAGAGUAAAGGUCUAGCACUCAUUCUGCAUAGCAGAAUUGCAUGUAUUUCAUCUUACCGGUACUUUGUACAAUAUCGUUCCUUUUAGUCGAACAGGUUAAAUUUUUUCGUACUAUCUUUUAUCUUGAUUUGUAUUUAACUUUCAAUGUUUCUUGCAACUUUUAUGCGCAUUUUCCAUUAUUCUGCUCAAAUUCUGCUCAAAAAUGCUUGAUCAGUUCUGCUGGUAGAAUUUUCGCCUUUAAAAUCGUUCAUUUUGUUUAAAAUUCUGCCGGCAGAAUUUAUCCAGGCCUAAUGAGGAAUUACUGUGUUGACAGGUACAGGCCAUGAGGCAGGGCUUGAUGACUGUUGUACCUGAGUCAGUGCUUACUCUUCUGACUUGGUGUAAUCUGGAACGAGGUGUUUGUGGAGAUAGAGACGUCACUCUUGCACAUCUCAAAGCUGCCUGUAAGUAUGUUGCGCUUUGUACGGUCUAACUUCCGCUGACGGCCGAAUCUGCUUCAUUAUUAUUCAUUAAAACCUCCAAGUACCGAAAAAUACGACAGCAAAUACUAAGUAAGAUAUGACCUAAUUCUAUUUCCUUGGCAGCCCCGAUGUCAAUAUCGCAUUGUCAUAACAAUUUUUUAUCUCUAUCUAAUACAGCCGUGGUGACUAUUUUUCGACAGUUUUGUUAAUGGUGGCUUAGGAAAUGCUCAAACCUGGGAGGUGCUACCCCGAAAAAAUCCAGUCAAGCCACCUUCCAGUCAAGCCAUUCUAUUGCUCUUUAAUUAGAAAGUAUAUCGGGAAUUGCAAGAACCAAUCACACAGUGUCCACAAUGGGCCAUUUUCACCAUGACGGAGGUUAACUACAACUAUCAGAAUUCAUUUCGUUUCAGCUCUCUUGUUUAUAUUUAUCAAUCCCACUGAGUUUUAUCGAACAACGGCCCUAAUUCACACACAAAAACGGCAAACUGGCUGAUUCUUGUACUUGUAGUCACACUGAUAUCUUGGGAAGGGCGUUCGCCGUGUUGGAGCUCUCGUUUUCAGAGAGACGUCUGAACGAUUUAUUUUUUGUCAGGUAAAUACGGCGAUGAUUUAAGGGAAUCAUCGAAGACAGUCAAACAUAUGUGGACAGUUUUGAGUCAGUUCAGCUCUGAUGAGCGCAGCCGAUUCCUGCGUUUUGUUACCGGACGUAAGAGGCCGCCUGCCCCCUUCACUGUGGCCAAAGCUGGAGGAGACAAGGACAGCCUUCCCCAUGCCUCUACCUGCGCCAGUACCCUCUUCCUUCCUGACUACUCGUCUGCAGCCAUCGCCAAGGAGAAGCUCAGGUUAGCAGCAGGCAGAAAUCUGCUUUCAAAUCUUCAGUUUAUGAUAAUUGAGGGACUUGUAAAGAUAGGGAGCUUUAGCAACGACGGCUUCUAAGCAAAACAAAAACUCUGUACGUGCAGCACACUUUUUUCCGUCACUGCAGGACUUCAACGUGAAAUUCCCUCACGGGACGUGUUAUGGAGGAAGUAAACGCACCACGUCGAAUUUUUCUCUCCUUCUAAACUUGGUUUCGGAGAGGGGAGGGGAGGGGAGGGGAGGGGAGGAACAGGCUACCUUAAGGUGAAAUUAUGAGAAGUAGGGAUCGUGUUGUUGUUAUGUCAGGUAACAUGUUUUUCUUGGUGUCGGGGUUUAUUUGGUGCGGGUGCAACUCGCCAAGCAGGCUGUAAGAAAAAACCUGUAUUAAAAAUACAAUAUACUGAAGCAUCAUGCAUUUUAUUUUUUUAGCUAUGCGAUCUCAAACUGUGUGGCAAUUGAUACCGAUACCAGCCCCUGGUAAUAAAACGUGAAUUGAAAGUUAGAAACGAAGAAGUCCUGUGGAGCUACAUGGAUGAAUUAUUACUGUGCAACCAACUCAACCUGGGCCACCGACAUUUUCAAAUACGCUUGCUUACCAUGGUCAGACUCGUUCGUUUUGAACGUGACCUAUGUUUGACCGGUUAAUGUUACAAUAGGUAACCCGGCCCGGCUGAGUUCGCUUCUCCGUGACUAUUAUUAUAGUACUAAUAUUUAAAUAAAUAUAGUGUGCCUUCACUUAAAAAAUAUAUCUAUAUCUAGGAAAAUAUUAUACUAGUCAAGAGAAUUCACACCAUUCACCAAACAGAAAGUUAUGCAGUUUAAAUGUCAUAAUUUAAACUAUUAAAUUUAAAAUUAAUAUCAAUAAUGGGGAAAUUCCGAGUUGUCUUAAGUCCCCUUUAAUUCUAGUUUCCUCGGUCGUUACCGACGUUCUUACGAGAUCGAGACCACCCAUAAGAUUAUAUAUGGAAAUCAGUUUUAUCCUGGCGAUAAGGUUAGCGUGACUUUUCAGUUUGUUCUCUCUUACUGGGAUCUGCUAGGCCUUCAUGUUCGCGUGUUCCCUCGGCCACUGGAUAAUUUACCAGAUGACUACAAUUGCUUUACAUCUAGCGCUGUUUUUUAACCGAGAUGAUAGGUAUUUCAGACGUGUGUAAUAGCAUAGACACUGUGUGUUACUGGGUUGUAUAUUUUGUCACUUAGCGGAGAUAAAAUAAUAGAUGAGGUAUUUUUAUUAAUUUCAAGGGACAACGCUCAAAAACGAGUUAAGGGAAACGUUCAACCCAGAUUUCUUGAGUGGAUUUCUCAUGCCAUAGGUUAUACAGUAACUCGAUGGACGUUAAUUUGAACGUCAAAGUGUGUUUUAAGAUGAAAUCCAUCAGGAAAUUGAGUAAUUUAAUUUUCAGUGGACAAAAACCUUGUCCCAGAAUAAUUUAAACAAUAUCGCAUUUUUUUUUUAUAGUUUUCAAGGGC